AUUUUGAAUAGAGACAAUUGCCCAUUCGUUCCCCCGGGUCUGUUUCGUUUCAAAUUUAGUUCUGGAAUUUUUAUCAAAUUAAUUUAAAGUAUCUAACGUUAUAAAGAUGGUAAAAGUUAGUAAUCUUCGAUAUGUUCACAUUUUUUCCAAAUUGGUAGCUAUAGGGCGUUUAAUAAAAAUAAAUUACAGCUUUUCCCAGACUAAACAGUAAGAAAAUAAUUCAAUAACGACAAAAACCCUUACACUGUACACUGCGACAGCGUUCGAGGACACUGAAUGUGAGCUUUCGCAGCAGAUGUAAAUAUUCCAUAUAACCAAUUACGUUCAUUAUCGAGGAAAAUUGCACACUAAAUCGUCUGAUGGCUUUGUGCUUGAUAAUCGCCCCACUAAUCACCGCAGCUAGACCAAACAACCUCUCCAAUUUCCUGUAAGGCUGUCACUAUUACCGUCGAGACUUUUUAGAGAAAUGGAAGGGAAACAUUCUUUUCGUGCCGUUGAAAUACCAGUUCCGUUCGGGCAGAUAAGUGGUAAAUGGUACGGACCCAGCAAUAUUCGACCUCUUCUCUUCAUACAUGGAUUCACGGAUAACAGUGGCACUUUCGACCGUCUAAUUCCGUUACUUCCAGCGCACGCAAGCUACCUGGCGAUAGAUCUUCCAGGCCAUGGAUUAUCCUCGGAUUUACCGAACGGCAUGAUGUAUCACUUAGCGGACACAUCACUUCAUAUUUUGAGAAUAAUGCAGACAUACAAUUGGACACGAGUGUCUCUAGUGGCGCAUUCACUAGGAGCAAUUAUGAGCUAUAUUUUUAUAGGUUUGUUCCCCGAACUGGUGGAUCUCUUCGUGGCCAUAGAUGCCUUACAACCUUCUUUCCCGGGUGGCAUAUUGAAUCAACAGGCUUACUAUAUUAAGCGUGCUUUGGAAAUGCAGGAUCAGAAUGGACGAAACGAAUUGUGCAAGGGAUUUACCUACGAAGAAAUAAUGGAAAAAGUUCAUCAUGGCUUAACAAGUAGAAUUCCCAGAGAAUUGUGCCACCAUCUGUUGGCGAGAAAUAUUGUUGCGUCAAAGACCAUACCAGAUAAAUAUUUCUUCCGGCAAGACUCGAGAACCAAAUACCCGAAUAUUUUGGGUUGGUCGAAGGACACUAAUGCUGAAACUGCUCGUAAUGUGUGCUGUCCUGUGCUGGUUAUUAAAUCUACGGAAGCGAUUUUUUUCAGCGAACUAGACGAAUUUUCGCAGUUAAUCGAAAUCAUGAAGAAGUUCAACUCCAAUGUAAAAAUAGUGACGGUCCCCGGGUGUCACUAUGUCCAUCUAAUCGAACCGGAACGAGUAGCGAAAGUUAUUUCGGAAUUUUUGGAGUCAUGUGAAUAUUUUCGAAAUAAGCUAGAAAGUAAAUUAUAAAU